AUGCUUUCGUUUCUCCGAUUCAGCCACGCUUUGGGGCUGCUUGCGCAACUGGCUGUGGCCUCCGGACCCUACAACCUAUCUCCCCUGGUUGGACAACUGUCUCCUGGCGCAGAAGUAUUUUAUCCCUCCGCCGCGAACUGGUCAGAGGUAACUCCACGAUGGUCAACCAACGAUGCCCCGACUUUCUUUGCUGCUAUAAAACCAAACACUACAGGCGACGUUCAAAAAAUCGUCCGUUAUGCCUCAAAGAAGAAAAUUCCUUUCCUUGGCGUGGGGGGGGGUCACGGCUUCACGACGACGUUGGGUGAACUGAAGAAUGGCCUAGAAAUAGACCUAAGUUUGUUUAACACGGUCUUGGUCGACGGUCCAAACAACCGCCUGACAAUUGGUGGGAGUGUAACGUUUGGGGAUAUUUUAGACCCCGUAUAUGCUGCUGGCAAGGAAAUUCAAACCGGAAGUUGUCCCUGUGUCGGCAUGGUUGGAGGUUCUCUCGGAGCUGGUGUUGGAAAGUAUCAGGGCGUUCAUGGACUGAUCAUCGAUGCCUUGGAAUCCGUGGAACUAGUUACUGCUGCAGGAGACUUGAUCACAGUAUCCAAGGAGCAGGAACCUGAGCUUUUCUGGGGUAUGCGUGGUGCUGGUUUCCAAUUCGGAAUUAUUACCCACGCCACUUAUCAGCUUCAUGAUCUGACAAAUAACGGUUCCGUGAUGAAUGCCGAUUUUCAGUUUGCAGGAAAUAUCAAUGAGACUGUUUUCGAGAUCUUGGCCUUCUUUAAUGGCAAAUUACCUACGAAGUUAGCCUUAUUUGGCGUUCUCGCCAACGAUGCCACCCACGGGCCUUCGAUUCUUCUGAACGCCGUAUAUAUCGGCCCCCAAGAGGAAGGUCUUUCUUAUCUUAAACCUCUUUUGGACCUUCCCUACCUCCAACGGAAUAUUACUCAAUUGACGUGGAACACGUUAUUUGCUGCACACAUGUUCGGCUCUAUAGCGGCCACCUGCGAAAAGGGAAACCCACAGAACAAUUGGUCACAGGGGCUGGCUAAAAUCGACGUACCAACGCACGUUGCCUAUUUUAACGCGUUGGCCGAUCUCUGGACCCAACAUCCUGCUGCAGCCAAUGCGAUUCUUUCAAUAGAGAUCUUCUCUCCACAGAUAGCGCUUACUGUUCCUGACUGGGAGACAGCGUAUCCAUGGCGCGAUACCGCGGUCCAGAUCAUUCUCAACUUCCCUGUCAAUGAUGAUACGGUGACGGACUUUGCGAAGCAAUGGGUCCCUGAAUUCACCGAGACUGGCGGCUUCAAUGAGUCGCGGGUCUACGUGAGUUAUGCGCACGGCGAUGAAAGUCUUGCGGAAAAAUAUGGCAAGAGAAAACUGCCUCGUCUCUUGGACUUGAAAAAGAAGUGGGAUCCUAAGGGCCUUUUCAGUUUUAAUAACGCGUUGCUAGUUCAUUAA